AUGCCGCGAUUCGAAAUAAAGGCUGGCUCCUCCUCGACCGAGCCAACCGAAGAGGUGGCUUCUCAAUCUAUUUCGGCCGUUGUCCCGCCAUCCCCGACUUCAAGAUCCCAUACCCCACCCAGCAGCGAUGCAGGCCACGCUGCCCCGUCAGCACUGCACCCGCGAGUCGCUGUCAUUCUAGGGGUGGACCGCAAGUGGUACAUUCCGUUGCUUGUAUGCCGAGCGCUGAGCACGGUACCUGCUGCUUGGUGGGGACUGCGAUGUGCUUUCACCUUCUUGGCCGAGCUGCUGCAUAUUCGGCCGGGUAUGGGACGGGAGGGGUGGGCGGCGGCGAUUAUCGGUAGUGUGGGGCAGGAAUGGGAUGUUGAGAGGAGAUUCCGCGUGACGGAGGUGGCAUUGGCUAUUAUGUGGUGCUGUGCAUCUGCAUACCUUUCUUAUUUCUUUGCUGAUUGUUUGAUGUCUCGAUGGCUUCUAAACUACACUCCACCGGCCGUUGUGAUCCGACUCCUAACAACGAACGGCUUGAUCGCAUAUAUCACAUCUUGGGUGCUAUAUCUAUCUGGUGCCUCUUCUGACCCUCGGCACCUUCUACCGGCGUGGAUAUCCAUUACAACUUCUUUAACAUUCAUCUACUACGCAACCCAAAACCACACCAAAAUCAAGCGUGAAACAGCAGCAUCUCUGCUAGUUGUGCUUGUCGCAAGCUUCCUCACCAUGUCAUUGCUCCUGCUACAGCUGCAUUUGACCCGGGAGAACGAAUCCGAGGUGCCCGUCUUUGUGUUCUCCCGCAAGCUGUGGGACUGGGCGACAGCCAUAUUCCUGCGCAUGCGAAUUGCAGAUGAGCGUGCUGGGCUUGGGGAACUGUAG